AUGGAGUAUGAACGCGUAAGUGGUGAGGUGUCGUCACCGUCCGUGGGCAAGCGGCGAGCGGCGACCACGUGGCCGGGGCACGGGACACACUUGCGAAUCCGCGAGGGAGCACCCGCCGGAAACCGAGGUGUACCGGGGCUCCUCGAGUACAGAGAAGUGGCGGCCCGCGGCGCACCCGCCGCCCCCGCGCCCCUCACACCCGCACCCCUCACCCCCGCACAUGCACUCUGGAACCUCCACCCCGCAUUCUAUGCUCGCCUUAAUCGCGAAUUAAGGCUCCAGUAA